AUGGAGAACCCGAUUUCCCGUGUACUUGCAUUAUCCAACCGUAUCCCACUGAGAAGAGCGUUGGAAAUACUAUGGGCGAACCCUAGACGACGCGUUGCCACUUCGGCAGGCCUGGUCGCAACAUACCUUGUCCUAGUGGCUUGUUUACGGUUUCAGAGACUACGGAGACUGCAUCGUCAGUAUCGGCAAUACUCAACCCGUCAAGGGAUGGCCUAUAUGACGGACCAUGAUGCUUGGGCCAUUCAAAAACAGGUUCUCCAACUGGAGUUCCCUACGAUAUCCCUGAAGGCUCUACAGUUUGCGCUCUUCCGAACAUAUGGUAUCCCCACAAUCUCGAAACUAUUGCUCAAGACAUCCCAAUUCUCCGACCCGGCUACCUCGUUCAAGCGCUAUGCCGACACCGGUGCACUCAUUGGCCAGUUCAUGUCCUUUGAGCCAACAUCUGACCGUGCCCUUACGGCCAUCGCGCGAACAAAGUUCCUGCACACCGGCUAUCGAACCAGUGGUAGCAUUCUCAACUCGGACAUGCUAUAUACCCUGAGUCUGUUUGCGACCGAGCCGAUCCGCUUCGUGGAGACAUUCGAAUGGCGUUCCAUGAGCGACCUGGAGAGAUGUGCUAUCGGCACGUAUUGGAAAAACCUAGGAGAUGCACUUGAGAUUGACUUCACAGAGUUGCCAUCUGCGAAGACGGGAUUCCGGGAUGGACUACAUUUUCUGGAAGAGAUGACCGAAUGGAGCCAUCGAUACGAGGAGCAACACAUGAUGCCCAGCCCCGAAAACAAGGCCGUCGCAGAUAAGACUAUGGACGUUCUGGUCUAUGCUUUGCCGGCUUGGUUGAAGGGUGUUGGGGUCAAUUUUGCCUCUUGUAUGAUGGAUGAAAGACUUCGGGUGGCAAUGAUGUAUGACGCCCCCGCUCGCCUAUACUAUGCCAUCUUCUUCUCUCUGGUAGCUGUUCGCCGGUUCUACCUCCGAUAUCUGUCGCUACCACGGCCGAAGCUUCUCCGACUGGAUGUGUUUUCCGCGGAUGCCAAUGAGCACGGUCGCCACUAUGUUACAUUCCAGGCCUUGACCUGCCCGUCCCACGGUUCUGACAUUUUAAAGCUUGAUGGAUCAAACAAAACAAAUAUCGCUCUGACAUCAGAAAAAUCUCAUUGCCACCCCAGACCAGACGCCGUCCCUUCUGCCCUCUCCCUCUCCCUGAUUAUUGUCAUCAUGCCCAGUCGCAAAUCAUCAAGAUCUUCGUUACGGCAAAGCGUUGGACGGGGGCAUCGCCCGCCCGACAAGCUUGACGUCUGGAUCCUCGGCAGUGGCAUUGCCUCCCUCACAGCUGCCGUGCAUUUAAUUCAGGAAGCUAAUGUGCCUCCGGAAAAGAUCCAUAUCCUGGAGAAGAUAGUUGUGGCUGGGGGAGGUACGAUUAGCGAAGGGGACCCAGUGAAUGGGUACAAUUACCGGGCAGGAGGGAUGCCGUCUUUCAACGGCUCGGCCAUGCAAGAAUUGCUCUCGGUGGUUCCCUCCAGGACGCGAAAAGGCAAGACAGCUCUAGACGAUAUUGUAGAGUUCGGCAGCCACGCUCUUAAUUCGACCUCCCAUACACGCCUGCUCACUCGGAGGGCCCAUGACCUGGGUCGUAUUGAUCCGCGAAAAGUCAACAUAGGGCUUCGGGACCGCAUAGAUCUUUUUGUGAUGGUCUCGAAAAGUGAAAAGGCGCUAGGGAGAACACGGAUUAAGGAUCACUUUAGUAGGAGCUUCUUCAAGAGUAAUUACUGGCUGGUCCUGGCCACGACAUUCGGUUUCCAGCCGUGGCACAGCGCUGCCGAAUUACGCCGAUAUAUCGCCAGUUUCAUGCACGAUAUCCACGAUCUAAACUUCCCGCGCGUUCUAGACUGUGGUCGGUAUAAUCGCCAUGAAGCCAUCGUUGCGCCCAUCGCCCAUUUCCUAACAUCGCAAGGUGUUGACUUUCAGUUCAGUACCAUUGUAUCCGAUAUCAUUAUGGACCCGACAAACGAGAACCGCGUCUCAGCUAUUUGCGCGCACAGGGAGAGCGAGCCUGACCACAAGAUUGUGCUGGGACCGAACGACAUCGUCAUUGUUUCCGUUGGCUCCGUCAUGUCUGGGAUGACGGUGGGUAGCAACACCGAACCGCCCUCAUUAGAGCUUAUGGAGAUCGAUAAAGAUCUUGAUGAGAACUGGCUGCUAUGGCUCGAACUAUCGACGAAGAACCCCAAAUUCGGAAAUGCAUAUAAUUUCUGCACGCGCAUGCCGGAGUCCCGCUUGGAAUCGUUUACCGUCACGCUCAAGGACCCCGAAUUCUUCAACCGAUUCUGUAAAUUAACAGACAACCAGCCUGGCACAGCCGCGUUCGUGACUCUGAAAGACAGUAGCUGGAUUAUCAGCCUGAACAUCCCGCAACAGCCACUGUUCCCCGACCAGCCAGGCGAUGUGCAAGUUCUUUGGGGGUAUGCGCUUUGUCCCGAGCCAGAGGGUAACUAUGUUAAGAAGUCGAUGCUGGUCUGUUCUGGGGAGGAGAUUAUGACAGAAAUACUCCGUCACUUGCAGUUUCCGGUCGAGACGAUAUUGAAAAACUCCAUCACCAUCCCGUCUGUCGUCCCACGGAUGACGGCGACAUUGCUCCCGCGGGCAUAUGGCGAUCGACCACAAGUGAUACCGGAGGGAAUGGAAAACUUGGCACUUAUUGGACAAUUUGUGGAUAUACCGGACGAAGUCGUGGUUUCUAUGGACUAUGGUGUGAGAGGGGCGCAAAUGGCGGUGCGUCGAUUGAUGGGGUUGGACAUUGAGGGUAAGAAGUCGAAGAGAAAUUCCGCGGUCAGCCUCUUGAUGUAG